ACCAGCUGACCGAGACCACAGCAGCAGCGGGUGAAGGAUCGGCAUUAACUGGCAGACUGACUGUGGAGACACAAGAGAGAUGAUGUACUGAUGUUUUAAAACGUCACACGAGGAUUAUCCGCUUUUACUGCUGCAAGCCUUGAAGAAAGAAAGAAGAAAACUUCUGUGAGAAGAAGACUGUUAACGUCUAUGGAGGAGAGUCCAAACCACACUGAUGUUUGGUAGAUGUCCUGUGUGUGCUUUGUGGUUAUGAAUAUUAGUGCGUUUUGAGCACAAGAGACUCUUUUAUUAAUUUCUAAACACUGAGGAAAAGUCCCGAAGAUGAAAGGAGCAACUGCAGCACUUCAACUCUGCUUUUAUAUUUUGGCCGUAAAGAUGGCCUUUGGCAAGACGUGCACCAGUGAGCAGUUCACAAAAACAGGUGAAUGUUGCAGCAUGUGUGCGGCAGGCACUGGUUUAGUCACCAGCUGUGGCCAGGAAGACACCAAGUGUCAGCCAUGCCAAGAUGGUGUGUCGUUCUCAGACUCUGAGAGUCUUUUAUCCUGUAAGCCGUGUGCCCGCUGCCCCAUCGGUAUACCUCAGCUGGCACGCUGCACCAAAACACAGGAUACCCAGUGCGACUGUGGCGAGCGUUUCUUCCUGUGGCGAGAUGAGGACAGCACCAAUGGGAUGUGUGCACCCUGCAGGACGUGUGGGCCUGGAAGUGGAGUGUCUCGGGCCUGUGGGCUACUGGGAGACACCAAGUGUGAGCCAUGUAAACCAGGGACCUACUCAAAGGAGGCGAGCGACAGGAAGCCCUGCUUGCCCUGCGCACGCUGUCAAGAUGAAGAGGUGGAGAUCAGACCCUGCCUGCCUGACUCUGACACCGUCUGCAUGGUAAAAGACCUCAACAUCUUGUCCCGGCCCUCUGGCUCUGAUGGUCCUCGUGAAUCCCCUCGAUGGCAGACACCGAAUGAGGAAACAGAAACUGGGAUCAGCCCAGCACCAGGCUCCGGAGCCCCUCGACUCACCCCGCAGGACCAAGGUGGCAACAACAACAUCUUGGUGUACGUGUCUGUACUGGCUGCUGUGGUGCUCGGCCUAUUGCUCUACGUCGCCUACAAAUGCUGGAAAUCAUGUCAGCAGAAGCAGGCUCUGGUGAAGGCUCGGGUCGGAGAGCUGAAUAAUGCAGGGGAAGGAGAGAAACUGCACAGCGACAGUGGUGUCUUCCUGGACUCUCACAGCCUUCAGGAAAGCCAGCCCAGCAAAGGCAGCAAACGGGACAGCAAACAGGACACGCGACUCUACAUAAACCUGCCUCCGCACAGACAGGAGGAGGUGGAGGGGCUUCUGGCGGAGGGGGGCAGUCGAAGCUGGAAACAGCUAGCCGCUAUGCUAGGCUAUGAACAGGAGCGUGUGGACGUCUUCGGACGGGGCCAGGACCCCAUCCACACCCUUAUGACUGAUUGGUCCCAGCAGGAAGGCUCCACAUUGGGUUUGUUGUGUUCGGCUCUGACUCGCAUCGAGCGUCCGGACAUCAUCACUGCUCUGGCCGCCCCUACGCAAGGAGUAUCAGUGGUCUGAAGACCAGAACAUCUCCCCUACGCCUUUGUAAAGUGAACGAGACACUAAAAUGAGCAUCAAACGGCUCGUUCUCAAAGGCCAAUGCACUAAGACUUUGAAGAAGAGCGGGAAUGGAAAUGGUUUACUCCACAUAACGUUUCACUUAACGAUUCUGGUUUCAACAGCCUGAGAUGUUUCCACCAGCUCAGAACAAAACAGUCUCUGCUUACGACAGAUGUUUCCUUCAACGUUCAUGCUUCAUAAUAUCCUCUUUGUAGUGUCAAAACAAGCUGUUUUCUCCAGGACACACAUUCAUGCUGAAGAGUUUUCUGGGUUGUUUUGGGGGGUGGUUGUGGUUUUCAGCUGCGGUUGGUUUAAAAGAGAGUGGACAUUUCAUGAAUGACAGUCAGCCAUUCUUGUAGAGCCACAUCGUAGCGCCAGAGAAAAGCAUCGUGAUUUUGUGUUUAUAUGUCAGCGCUUUAAUAAUAAUCGACACCAAAGCUGGAGGAAGUGUACAGUUUUUUUUUUUUGGUCAAAGGCAACGUUACACUGUGAGGCGUUUUGAUGAUUUCUAGAGGAAAACCACUAACUGUUCUGCAUGAGGGAGUUGAUACAUGUUCAAGUUGCUUUAGCAAAUGAUCCUGUUUGACGAAGACAAAAGAUCUGUUUCAUUCACACAAGUGCUUGAUUUGCACUUUAACCAACAAUGCAACCGAUGGGAUGUUUGCAACCCAGGCUCAUUCUGAAAACGUACCUCUACAGACGUUUCUGGAGACCGCGAAAUACGUCCCGGCGGCACGAUUUUCUUCAGUUUUUGUUUUCGUGUAUCCGUCAGAGGUCGCCGUGGACGCUUUUUGAGAUCUCAAAUUUCCCUCGCGAGUGUCAUUCGCGCAUGAUAUUCUCGCAUAAACCCACCAGAGGCCGCUGUCGACUCACUUUUUGACAGACUUUCUGACUGACUGAGCGAAUGAUCGACUGACCCACCCUCCCUCUUCUCUAAACCCAACCAAUUUUAUCGAUUGACCUGCCCACCCGCUUUCCUAAACCCAACCAACAUGUUUCAAAAGCAAUCCAAAACAAUAAAAGCCCUCAUCUGAUUUUGUUUUUACCACAUUUUCAGAUUUUACCACAUUCUCACCCUGCUAUUCACUUGUUUGUUUGUUUUUUUGGAUUCUGUUUUUGUCUUACCUGCUUUCUGGAACCGAUCUUCACCAGACUCGAUCCCCAUUUUCGUGGUCAACUCCUCCCUGCGUCUCAAGUCCACCAACGUACAUGGCGCGCUAACAGGACAAACUGGUUGCAACCGGUCAGCUUGUAAGCGUGAAAAGGAAUGGUGUCACACCACCCCGUAGCGUUCAUGUAAAAAAAACGUAAUUCGCUGUCUCCAGAAACGUCCGCAGGACUACGUUUUCACAAUGAGCAUGUGUUGGAUGUUUGUGAAGGAGAGAAAAAAACCCUCUGGUGCCUUUACUUCCAACGCUCAGGAUUGUGUUGCCGUUUACAGUUGAAGACACGAUUAUGAGCCCUCCUCUGAAAUUUAGUUUCUUUCUGAAAUUUUUCAAAAGUGUUGUUUAACAGACGAGGUUUAUUUUAACAUUUUAAACAUAAUAAUUAAUUCCUUUUUUCGUCUUUGCCAUGAUAACAGUACAUAAUAUAUUACUUCUUACUUUGCAAGAUACUAGUAUUUAGCUUUAAGUGCAAUUUGAGGGCAGUUUAAUUAGGUUAACUGUGUUAGUUUGGCAAGUUAUUGGACAACAGCGGUUUGUUCUAAAAAAACAUUAAGGCGAGUAACUAUUGACCUAAAUUUUUUAUACAUAUAUAAUGUUUUUAUUGGUGAUUCAUUCCGCUGUGGUGACCCCUGAUGAAUAAAGGGACAGCCGAAGGAAAGUGAAUGAAUGAUAAAUGUUUUUAUUCCAGCCAUACUAAAAGAAAUAAGACUUUCUCCAGAAGGGAAAGAUAUAAUAGGAGAUAGUGUGAAAAAAAGUCCUUUGUUAAACAUCACUUUGGAAAUAUUUAUGAAAAGCUAUUUCAAAGGAGAGCUAAUCACUUUGACUUUAGCUGUGUAUAUUGUAUUUGUGUCUUUUCUGUAUGUUAGUGCUGAGUUCUGGGUGAGACUUGAUGCUUUUUGUGCUGAGAUGCUUUUCAUAUUAAUAACGCCCAUCAUGUUACGUAUCUAUCACUUAUGUUUGUCUUUUUUAAAUAUAAAAUAUUGAUGUUUAUAGGUAUCUUUGUAUUUUUCAAAAAAAAUAAAUAAUACAUUUUGUGAG